GGAAAGAGCUCUCAGAUACCACAGUAUUUAUAUCAUGCAGGCUUUGCCAGCAGUGGCAUUAUUGCAUGUACUCAAACAUGUAAACUUGCAGCCUUGACACUAGCAUCAUAUGUUGCAAAAGAAAUGAAUACAUCAGUUGGACAUAUUGUGCAAUGUCAAGUUGAGAGGAAAGCUAAUAUGACACAAGAUGCUAAAAUUGUGUAUAUGACAAAUGACGUACUCUUACACGAGUAUCUGAAAAGUAAAAAUCUCAAAAAUGUUUCAUGUAUCAUCGUAGAAGCUCAAGAAAGAACUAUAGAACUAGACUUAUUACUUGGAAUGAUCAAAAGUUGCCUUCACAAUCGACCAAACCUUCGUAUUGUCAUCACUUGUGCCACAGUCAGUCCAGACGACUUUGUAAAGUAUUUCAAACAGUGUCCUGUACUGCAUGUGACUGGUCAGCGAUUCCCUGUUAAAAUAGAAUGGAAAAAAGUAGGCUCGAUAGGUAAUUAUGAAGAGGAAGCUGCGAAAAAGGCUGUCAAAGUGCACUUGUCAGAGGGUAAAGGUGAUAUACUAGUAGUGUUACCUUCAACGUGGUCAGCAAUCAAUUGCUAUAAAAGAUGUAUAUAUUUAUUGAGAGAAAGCAAAGAUUACAUUGCUUUGCUGCUUCAUGAAAAGUUACAGGACUGUGAUAAACAGAAAGUUUUAAACUAUGGAUCUCACUGGAAACGGAAGAUUAUCAUUGCUUCAGAUUGUGCAGAAGCUUUCAUAACCUUUCCUGAUGUUAAGUAUGUGAUAGACACUGGCCUCACUAAGACGGUGCUUAAUGAGGAACCUGAGAGGCUGAAGAGAGAAAAUGUAAUAGAAAUAUCCCAGUGCAGCGCCAAGAAGAGGUUAGGUAUUGUGGGACGUGUAUGUCCCGGCACUUGUUACCGACUGUAUACGUCUGAUGAUCACCAGGAGAUGAGUCUCUGUGAUCCUCCUAAGAUACAAACUGUUGAUCUCACUCCUCUAAUGUUGAAGAUGGUCAAUUGUGGUAUCGACCCUGAGAAGUUUGACUUUAUUACCAAGCCAUCUGUUGACAGCUGGAGUGAAAUACGUGCAAACCUGGUGAAAAAUGGAGCAGUUGUGAAUAGAAAGCUUACUGACAUUGGCCGCUGGAUUGCUGAAUUGUCAAUUAAACCAGAAUGCGGUGAAUUUAUUUAUGAAGGAGUACGUAGAGGAGUUGGCCUGGAAGUCAUUGUGUUAGCUACUUUGUGCUGGAAAUCAGUUUUUUGUUUACCAUCUAAUGAACCGAACUUAAAAUUAUAUAAAGCACGAAAACUAGAGUUGUGCCAUCCUGGAGGUGACCACUUGACUGAGCUCAAUGUUUUUAGAAAAUGGUUAGACAUACCUAAUUACAACAAACAUAAAUGGUGUGCUCAUUAUUUUGUAAAUAUAAAUUCAUUAGCAGAUACAUAUGAUGUAGUAUGUGAUUUAUUGUGUCAGAUUAAAAAAGCAUUUGACAUAGACAUAGAAUUUGUCUUCCAGAAAUCAUUGACAGUAGACAUAUUGCUGGUGAAUCUUAUUCUUAAAUAUUUCAGAGGAGGACUGUGUUAUUAUUUAGGACAUCCAGAAGCUGGGUACUAUGUUGUGUCACAUGGGGGAAGAGUUUAUCCUGACCAGACCUCCGCUAUGAGCUUACUUAACGUCCAGCCAGAGUGGGUAGCGUCUAAUGCUAUUUUUAUUGAAUCAUGUGGCUUUGUAGAUAAAUUUACACACAUUGCAGAAACUUUGGUAGCAGAGGGAGUGAGGGAAAAGUGGAUGAAAGUUGACAUUAAAGAAAUCAAGAGAAAACGCUUGAUAUUAGUGAGUGAGGAAUGUGUAGGUGAUGAGCUGGCUUGCAGUCUUCAGGAGUUUCUUCUGGACAAGUUUCUUAGAUCAGAGGCACUUGUUUCGUUUAAACAUAGUACGAAUGCAUUGCAGUUAUUUGCCACGGAUGACUGUCAGUCAGACCACCGCAGCACAUUUCUAGCUGCUUUUCCUCCUCUGAUGACGAAGUUUCAAUUGGAGAGUUGUCUCCAACAUGUUGGGUCGAAGAUAGAGGGUGUGACGGCACUUAUAGGAGCAGGCGGCAUUAUUUCUAAUAUUCUGACCCCAGACGAAUCCAGAAUAGUCAUAAUCCAUUGUGACGAUCCACAGAGAAUGUUUACUGAAAAAGUAUUAAAUUUUUUUAGGAAGUAUGGAGAUAUUGCAGAUUACCAAAAAUAUGACCACAAGAGUAAUUCCAACUUAUGGGGGCAUUUCACAUACAAGAAAAUUAAAUCAGCCAAGCGAGCAAUAAGAACGGAGAAUAUAGAGAAUAAUGGUAUAACAGCACAGGCAAAUGGAAUAAACAACUUAGUGGUGAAGAUACAGUGGCCAAGAGUUCCUUCAGUGGAACCCGGGUUCAUAUACUUUACAGAAAAGGAGCACAUGGAUAUGGCAGGCUCCUUAAAAUUCUUCAGCCUGAAGCCACCAGCAACGGAAUGCAGAAUAAGACAGAGCCUUGCAACUGCAUUGAGUAUUGAUCCUUAUGAGGACAUAACAAAGGUAAUUCUGCCAAAGGAAAAGAAAGAGGAAAACAUGAAAAUGCUAUCACAAGUAGCUGAGCAAAUACAAGAUUUUAUUCAAACUUACGGAGUUAAUAUUUACGUAAAGGAACCAUAUGAAGGAGAUUCCAACUUUACUGCUUAUUGUGUUUUUCAUAAUUUUGAUGAUGUACAUAUUGUCUUAGACAAUUUAUAUAAACAUUUGCUUUUGAAUAGACAGCAUACUUACGAAUGCUUUCAUGAUAUUUCAAUAUUUAUCCCAAAGAGGAUCUUCCUAAUAACUGGUCAGUGUUUUCAAGAACUUGCUGAUGAAACAGAGGACAAAGGGGUAUCUGUAGCUUUUAAACAACUGGAGAGUGAAGAUGUUUCGAUGUACUUAAGUUGUGAAAAUGCCGAGGUUCUUGCCAAAUGUAAAGUGGAUGUGGAGAAGAUGAUUGUGGGAGAAGUAAUAGAUUUCGAAAAUGUGGGAAGAUACAAGAUGCUGUUCACUCGUACUGGAAGGAAAGCUCUGAGCUCCAUCAUGUGUACCACAAACACACUCAUCCUGGCUGAUGACAGAAUAAUGAGGCUCUCUAUCCAUGGAUCAAAGAAAUCUCGAGAAAACGCCAAAGACAAAAUUUACAUACUCUUGGAACUCUCUGCAGACAGUUGUGAAUAUAUAGAAUUGAACGAAGGUGGGAAACCUCGAGGUGUGAUGAAAACUUUGAUGAAAACGUAUGGUACGUCUCUGAGAGGUCUGCAGGUAGAGACGGGUGUUGCAGCAGUCACGCUAAAUUUCAGGAACCACCGUCUGGGUGUUUUUGGAUCAAUUGAUUGUGUUAAUAGGGCAACUGAUCUUGUAAACAAGGUUUCGCAGACUCUUACAAGUAAUAAAAUAACACUGACUGAAGAGGACUCUGAAUGUGUGAUAUGCUUGUGCCCAGUUGACUCUCUUUGUUCCUACAUAGUUGAAUGUUGUGGACAUGCUUAUUGCGGAAGGUGUAUAAAAUUAUACUUAACUGAUGCUGUGGCCAACAAAAGAUUCCCUCUGGUUUGUUUUGUGAAGGAGUGUGGCACUAUGUUUACAUGGAAAGAUUUCGUAGCUCUGGAUAGGGAUUGGUACCUCGAGAAACAGGAGCUGAUGAGAGCAGCUGUCAACGUCUUUGUGAGUGGAAACAGAGAGAAGUAUAGGUAUUGCAUCACACCCCUCUGUCCAUCAGUGUAUCGAGUCUCAUUGGUUGGUAUUGAUUUUACUUGUCCAGAAUGUCGGGCCAAAAUCUGUACUACCUGCCAUACAUACGUUCAUAAUGGCUUGACUUGUGCGAAAUAUCAGAGCCUGUUUGAUAAUGUUCAUCCGAGGGAAUGUUAAUAAGUUAAAUAACUAUACAUCUACAGUACCCUAACAAUAUGGUAAUGUGUGAACACAUUUAAUCAUAGCUAAAUUUUUGGGGCACCCCUCUUGAAAAAUAUAAAUUUAAAGGCUCAUAGCCUUGUCUUUUUAAACAUUAGUGUGGAAGACAGUUUAAAGUAAACUUGACAUUAAAAAAAAAUCACUGAUUUUAUUCUUUAUUUUUAUAUUAGUCUUGCAGACAGGAAGUUCCUAUAGUUCAUCACUACCCAUUACGAUGUGUGUCUUCCUCUUCUGAGGACUUUCUCUGCUGCUCUUUCUUCGUCGUUCACAGUCGUACUUCGGUACCACGACUGUGGACACUGAUGCUUCCAAGUCAUUUCCUGAAGUGUAAAAUACACCGAUGUUUUACCUGAUCUCAUGUUCCAGGAAUGACACAAAUAGCUAGUGUUUUCACGGUGACAUUAUGCAACCUUCUAUGUACCAUCAUCACCCCUCGCGGGUGAGUCCGAGGGGAGAACAAAUCCGAGGAAUUGGACCUGUUCUUUCCUUGGAUAAAGCUCGAGUGCCUCCCGUUUCUCCAAGCACUGUAUGACCCCUACGGGUUUAGUGCUCCCUCACGAGAAUAACAUGGUUAUAACCCUCAGUGGUAGUUUUCAGAUAUAAUGAAUUACGGUAAUUAUUCAAUAUUUGUAUAUGGUGAAUAUUAUUUUAGUCAGUGUCUCAAAGUUCUUCCCAGUUACAUUUACAAAACACUUUUAUAUUAACAAGUAUGUUUGUGUGUGUGU